UACUCACACAGUCCACAGAAAGAGGGAGAAGAGAGACGGAGGGGUUCAGCAGGAUUUCCUCGUCCUGUUCAGAAACAGUCUUUGAACAGUGUUACAGUCCAGCUACUGUCCAUCCUUUGAGCAAGGGGCAACGUGGCCAGUGAAGAUGGAAGGCCAUAAAAGAGAAAGAAUGGCAGGCAAGGUGCUGGUGGGACUGUGUGUGCUGGUGGCUUCUAUGGGUCAGGUCCUGAGCAGCCCCCAGCCCAGGCAACAUGACCUGAACCCUGCUGUGCUGUAUCCGUGGCAGCAGAAGAGUCCAGGUUUGGGCAGGGUGAAGAGGGACUGGAUCAUCCCCCCCAUCCGGGUCUCUGAAAACAGCAAGCAGGUCCCUGAGUACCUGGUUCAGAUCAAAUCAGACAAGGUUUUCACUGGAGAGGUGAUCUACAAGCUGGAGGGCCCCGGGGUCGACCAGGAGCCUAAAGACCUCUUCGAAAUUGAUGACAAAACUGGAUGGAUCAAGAGCAAGAUGCCCCUGGACAGAGAGAAGUACAAGAGCUUCACGCUCAAAGCCUUUGCGCUGUCCCCCAGUGGAGAACGUCUGGAGAACCCCACCACUAUCGAGAUUUAUGUACUGGAUCAGAAUGACAACAGACCGAACUUUAUCCAAGAGGAGUUUAUUGGUGCCGUGCCAGAAUUCUCCAUUCCAGGUACUUCAGUGCUAACCAUAUCUGCAGUGGACGCUGAUGACCCGUCCACAGAUAAUGCAGUGCUCAGCUACUCCAUCGUAGCUCAGGAGAGCUUCCCGCCUUUCAGCAUCAACAAGACCAUGUUCGGCAUCAAUAACGAAACAGGGGUCAUCUACACACGGGACGUGGGACUGGACCGAGAUGUGGUCCAGUCUUUCCAGCUGACGCUGCAGGUGGCCGACAUGUCUGGUUUGGGCCUCACCAGCACCGGCCGCGCCACCAUCUACAUCACGGACAUCAACAACCACGCCCCGCAGUUCCAGCCUACAACGUACAAUAUGUUUGCGAUGGAGAAUAAGGUUGGGGUGGAUCUGGGCAGAGUGAACGCUACAGAUAAAGACCAGAGGAAUGGAGAGAACUGGAGGAUCGUUUACUCUAUAAGAGGAGAUGCUUCUGGAAACUUUGCUGUUCGGACAGAUCGCGCCACCAACCAGGGCAUCAUCUCUGUAGUGAAGCCGCUGGACUACGAGUCUAAAUCUGAAUACCAGCUCACAGUGAUAGCUGAGAAUGAAGUUCCUCUGAGUACCAAAGCCCCGUAUGAACAGACCAGCACUGCCACCGUUACCAUCCGCGUUCUCAAUGAAAAUGAGGCUCCCCGUUUCUAUAGAAACCCCAUACAGGUGUCUUUCCCCGAGUCCACUGCACCGGGCACUGUCCUGGCCUCAGACAUCGCCCAUGAUCCUGACAACGCCAAGCUCAAGUUUGAGAUUACUCAUGAUCCUGAGAGGUGGUUGGGGAUCAACCGUGACACCGGAGAGGUCACUGCCAGGAGAACCUUCAACAUCCGCUCGUCCUACGUGAAGAACAACAAAUACACCGCGCUGGUGAAAGUCACUGACCUGGACGCUGGUGGCAUUUCAGCCACGGCCUCGCUGGAGAUCACCCUGUGGGCGACGAAUGAUUUCCCACCUGUUCUGGUCCCACUGAGCGGCACCGUGUGCAGUGACAGAGAGCCGGGCCGGCUGGGCCUGCUGUUGACCGCUAUGGACGAUGACCUGUCACCUCACGCUGACCCCUUCAGCUUCGAGAUGGCUGACGCAGACAUGGCUGCCAACUGGACCAUCAUACCACUCAAUGAAACCCACGCGAUGCUGCAGCCUCUGAUUGACAUUGACUGGGGUGAGUUCUCCAUCCCCAUCACCGUCUCGGACUCAGGCUCCCCUGCCCGCUCCUCGAACGCCCUGGUCAAUGUCACAGUGUGCCCGUGUGACAGGGCUGGACAGUGCACGGCCUUCACAGCUGCAGCCAUUUUCGGAUCAAAAGUGGGCAUCAGCUUCAUCGCCCUUAUGAUCAUCAUGGCCAGUGCUGCUCUUCUGUUGCUGUUGCUUCUCCUGGCCGUGGCUGUGAGGAGCUGCACCCACCGCAGCCUGAAGAAAGGAGGAGGACUGCUGGUGGGCGAAUCGGACGACGACGUGCGCGACAACGUCUUCAACUACGAUGAGCAGGGCGGAGGAGAGGAGGAUGAGAACGUGUUCAACAUUGAUCUUCUGCGGACCCCGAGUGACAUGGUCCCUCCCCCUGAAACCUUCGGCCAGCCAGGCUCCGGCCUUCUGAAACACAAACAGCCACUCAGGAAAGACGCGCCAUAUAACCUGCCCUCGCCGAAGUAUCCGCGGAAAAGACCAGCAAACCCUACUGACAUCGAGGACUUCAUCAAUGAUGGUCUGGAUGUUGCAGACAACGACCCCAACGUGCCUCCGUAUGACACAGCCCUGAUCUAUGACUAUGAAGGUGAUGGCUCCCUGGCGGGCAGUCUGAGCUCCAUUGCCUCCAUGGGCUCAGAGGAAGACCAAGACUAUGACUACCUCAGUGACUGGGGGCCACGCUUCAAGAAACUGGCCAACAUGUACUCCAGUGACUAGACCCACUUAUCUACACAGAGCUUGCAUUCGAUUCUUCUUCCCCAAAGCCUUCAGGAGAAACCGUAUAUUUGAACAUUCCCCAUCCUAAACAUUUGGGGCUGCUGAUGUGGCCCCUGCUGAUAAGGAUGGGAGGAUGUGUGUGGAUCAUUGAUCGAGGUACUGCUAGACUGAAUUUGAGCUUUUUCGUAUUCCCCUCUGGUGUAUUCCCGCGAAAGGUCGCCGCUGUCAUGUCAGAGACGGCGCGAGCUGU